GUGCUGAUAAAUCAGAUUCUCAAUUUUGGAGUAAUCUUGUCUGUUUGCUGUUUUAAGAUUAUUAGAAACUGUAGUAUGGUAUACCUGUAACCGGAAAAAGUAGUUCAAGCACCAUUGAAUUAUUCUACAUUUCCAACAAAUAAUGUCAUGUCAGUGACUCAUAAAAUAUUUAAUCUUAGUUCGAUAUAAACAAAACCGCCUGCAAUAACGACAUACCAUUUUAUCAAAUUUUUUAAUAAGCUGAGAUUGCCAUUUUCCUGCUUGUCCGUAUAUAGGAACUGCAGAUUCCAAUUGAGCGCUGCACCAUUAUAAAAAAAGAAAAGAAAAAGGAAAACCAGACCCUUAACACUGCUAAAAGGAAUAAUGGGGGCACCUUUAGGAAAAUUGUCGGCAUCACCAAGUGGCGGACUGCGAGGAAGAAAGAAAUCAUCAAGAGGACACCACAGAUUUGUAGGAGUAAGGCAGAGACCAUCCGGCAGAUGGGUGGCGGAGAUUAAGGACUCCUUACAGAAGGUUAGGCUCUGGCUUGGAACUUUCGACACCGCAGAAGAUGCAGCUCGAGCAUAUGAUGAUGCAGCUCGCGCUUUGCGCGGAGAUAAUGCUCGAACGAACUUUGAAUUGCCACAGUCAUCAACAACCAACUAUUCUGGUGCACAUGUAGAUAAUAUUGAGCCUUUCUCAUUUGAAGAUGUUUGUGGUACAGGUAGUGAAGCUGAAGGAAUUCUUGGUGCACUUAAGGCCAAGCUACUUGACAAUAAGGGACUAAAGAUGUUUCCACCUUCAAAUUGUUCUUCAAGUAGGCAAUCUGGUCAAAUUGCAAUUUCAUCCCACAACAACAAUAACAGUAAUAGUAGUAGUAGUAUUAGUCUUCCUUACGAGGGUGACCUACUUUUAGAUCAGUGGCAUCAAACCUGUCUAGUUGCGGCUACAGAAACCGCAGCAUGGUCUAAUGGACGGGCAUAUCAAGUAGCAGCAGCUUGGUCUACACAGAUAAAUCAUACUGUUGAGGGUGUUGCUUCAUUUGAGUCUAAUGCUAUUGCUACAAAUACUAAUAAUGUUUCCACAUGGCAAUUUCCUUCUGGUUCAACUGAGCCAACUAUUGAUAUGCCAUAUUCAAAUCUCUGUCCAGUAGAGCUGCCAACAAGCAAACAACAACAACAAUCGAGUCUUAGUCCCAAACUAGUUGGAGUCAGCUAUUUGAGCAGAAUCGGUAAUAUAAAUGGGACGAGUCAAACAAUUGAUGGAGUUGCAGAGGGUGUUUGGUCAUCUGAACAACAAUUUCAGCCGUGUGAGAAUAGUGGUUGGGACCCUCUGCUUUAUGCUCUUCAGUGUUAGAGUGAAAUUAGUCUUGAUCGCUUACCAUUAUCUUUUUCACAGUAUUUCUUUUUUCUUUUUAAUUUUUCUGCUUUUUUUUUUCCAUCACUUCAGCUAGCUAGCCAAUUAUUCUUUUUCUUGUGCCCCAUAAACUCCCAUAUAUUCUCAGUUUAUGUAUUGUAUUGUUCACAUGUAAUAUAUGCAUAUUAUUCCAAAACGCGAAGUACUGAAGGAGUUCUAUUGCUUGUGUUA